GCAGCCUCACUGGACUGGAUUGUAUUAUAUGACCUCGAAUUCACCUCGCUCCCCGCGCUCUCUGCAGAAACAUUUCCUUGUAACAGAAGCUAAAAAUCCCCGCAGCCAUUGAUCUCCAUUUUCUUGUUUAUCCAUUUCUUUCGUCAUGGUUAUCUCACAGAGCGUCGGCCAUGGCGAUCCGGAGCCUGCCGACUCUUCCGACACGCCGCGUUUCACCGACGACCUCGGCUCAGCUUGCUCCACGCCCUUCGUCAGCGCUCCGUCGAGCCCCGGCCGUGAUCCCUCGCCGGGGUACUUCUUCAGCGCUCCGGCGAGUCCCAUGCACUUCGUCCUGUACUCUGCUCCGUCUUCCGCCGCUCGUGCGGCGUCAGAGUAUCCGCAGCUACAUGGACCAAUCCGUUUGCCCCCUUCCGGAAACCCGACGAACGGCAUAGCGAAGCGGCGGGGUCUGCAGCCGUCGGCGCACGAGCUGCAUUACACGGCGAACAGAGCUCAGGCAGAGGAGAUGAAGAAGAGGACAUACUUGCCGUACAGGCAUGGACUCUUCGGCUGCCUAGGGUUCAGCUCCAAAAGUUACAGUGCCCUAAACGGGUUAGCCCGCAGCUUGAACCCCGUCUCGUCCAGGUAAAUCAAACCCAAAAUUAAGCCAUUAAAUCCCAUAUAUAUAUAUAUAUAAUCCGCUGUAUAGAUUUUGCUUUCAGGAAGGAACCUAAGCCCAUGCCUACAUAGUCUAUGUAAGAUAUUAUUGUAUCAGUUGAUAUUCUAGAUUGCCGUCUAAAUUCUGUAUAGUUCAUGGGAGGCCCACAAAAAAAAAAACCCUUGGUUUCCGCCAUGGACGAGUGGAGGCCAUUGUCUAAUUCCUCUGCUUCCAUCGCGCUAUUUUUACGCAUUAAAUCUGGCAAAUAAUUUGCCCUUUGCAAACCCAAUUCAGAACCCUAAGAUUCCAUAAAUGACUCUCGAAGACUAUGGAGGCUCCAUAAUGGAGCUAGUCCCGGUACCUGUAAGCCUCUCUCUCUCUCUCUGGUGGUUUCAGAGAGCCGUGCAAUAGUUUUGGAUGUACCGCGAGCUCUAUUCGUGCAAAGGAGGAAUGGUGAGUGUGAAAGUGUGAAGGCUGUUUUUCCAGGAUCUUUUGUCUGAUUGUUAACAUUUGUGUAGAUGCAUGUGGAUUCAAUUGGUCAUCGUAUUGGACUUUUGCAAAUAUUUGUUCCCUUAUUUCUUCUUGAUUUUUUCUUUAUCUGACAGCAACUUUGAUAAUAAUGCAUCAUCCCCAUGACCACGAAUGAGAACCCCACCAUUCUAAUCCUCCUACUAUUGGGGUUGCCUUGCCUUGUUGUUUUCCAAUCUUAUGUAUAUGAGCUUCGGUAUUUUUACAAACUACACACACACAUACAUAUAUAUAUAUAUGUUAUGUAAUCCAUUUGCUGAAUCUAUAACAGACCGUUUUCACUAUUCAGAGCCUUUGAAUCAGGGUUUCUGAGCUUGUCAUCAUGGUCUGCAACAUUGCUUCGCCAUAUGAAAGAAAGAAAAUUGAAAGAGUGGCAGCGCAUCGAUUAUGUUGAACCCCAAGCAAGUGCUAUUUUAGGAAUCUUUGGUAUUCACAUUGAUUGAUACUCCGUUGCUGACAUUAUUUUCUCUGUCAUUGGUUGGAUGGUACUACAAAACACCAUUAGCUGUCUAAAAAAAAUUCUGAAAUACAAGAUAGAUGAUCGAUCGAUC